AUGGGUGAUGUCGACUGCAACGCACGUGAAAUUGGCAAAGCACCUGACAACCAUGAUGCACGUGUUGACGUGCAGAAAGGUAGUCAUCACGCUAAUGAAAAAAAAGAUGAUGACAACAAUAAUACAGAUUACAUCAAUCCUGAUGACGAUUGGGAAGUAACCGGCAAAUUGACGAACAAAGAUAACGAGUUGAAGGAACUCACAAAAUCAAACGAUUCCGAAGACGAAAAAGUGAGCAGAGAUAAGCUGGACACACUUGAAAAGGAUCUGAAGGAUGAAACAACAGAAAGAAAUAUUCCCAAGAGUAAAGGUAGAAGUCAUCAACGGGAACAUAGAGAAAUCAAAAGACCGAAACAGGAGCAUACAGACGAGAUGAAAGAACAAGAAGAUGAAAAUGACGUAAGAGUGAAGCAGUUUAGAGACGAAAGUCGAGAUAGACUGAAUGAACGGCAAGAUGAAAUUGAAAAACCGAAGAACGACUCGAAAUUAAAGGAUGAUUACGCUGAGGAACGAAACGCACAAAUUGAUCACCUUCAACUAAUUAAGAAUCGAAGGCAUGCAUUAAAUGAGUGGAAGGGUUGGGAAAAGUCGUGCCAAGUCGCCACCUGGAUCGACGACGUGGUGCAUCGGGUACGAAAACGAGGUAAGUCUCGGAUCAAAAUGAAGAUUGUACAUCUGGAUCGGAUGGCCCCUACCCAGAACAAAAAGACCAACGCAGCAAAGGGAAUUGACCAAAUCGAGGAUGAUUUUCGGUCUCAGUGGAGGGCAGUGUUACAUACGUGA